ACUAAUAAGCUAGUAUGCCAACCGCCAAUAAACAUUAGAAGAAGAAGAUCAGCUCCAGAGCACUGCUGUCUUUGUUGCAUUUAAGGACGUUUUUCCUUCAGGAUCCCGUGGAAAGGACGCAUUUUGACUCUUUUAUUUGGUUUUUAAAACCAUGUUCACGCAAGACCUGCACUAAAUGAUAUGUUCUUCAAGCUGUUCCAACAAUAAAUAAAAUGGAUGUAUCGCGACCAUCUGGUUAGUUUAAAAAGUACAAAUUAACCUCAUCAAGGGAAAACCCUGCUCCAACAAAGGAUCGUUUUGUCAAUCCGACUCCGGUUUUACAUUUCUGCUGGAUUUACUUCAGAUUUACAGUGAUCUGGACCGUUUUUAAGAGGCUCUCUUUUGUAAACACAAGGCCGAUUUCUGUUGCUCGAAUCUUGUGAGCCGUCAUGGCUAAAGUGCAGGUGCUAAACGUGUCUGUUCUGGAUAAUCCCAGUCCUUUUGGAAACCCGUUUCAAUUCGAAAUCACAUUUGAGUGUAUGGAGGACCUACCUGAAGAUCUGGAGUGGAAGAUCAUCUACGUGGGCUCUGCGGAGAGUGAGGAGUAUGACCAGGUCCUGGACUCGGUUCUGGUCGGCCCAGUCCCUGCAGGCAGGCAUAUGUUUGUGUUUCAGGCGGACGCUCCAAACACAGGGCUGAUCCCCGAGAGCGAUGCAGUGGGCGUGACCGUCGUGCUGAUCACAUGCACCUAUCGGGGACAGGAAUUCAUUCGCAUUGGUUACUAUGUAAACAAUGAGUACACAGACCCUGAGCUGCGGGAAAACCCACCUGUCAAACCCAACUACACACAGCUGCAAAGGAACAUCUUGGCGUCUAACCCUCGAGUGACCCGUUUCCACAUUAACUGGGAGGCUACUAUGGAAAAGAUGGAAGAUUCGGAGAAUGUAGACCCCGCCCCCAAUGCCAUGCUCCCGCCCACCUCCAUGCCUGGCAAAGCCCCGCCCCUUGGACUCAUGCCUGACAACUCUAUGGACUGCUUAUAGAGCUUGAACACAUCAACAACCUCAUACAUGAAGUAAUAAAUGUGUCAUUUUGUAUUUAUACAACUACAGUUCUUACAGUUGUGAUUGGACACACACACACACACACAUCUCAAUCCUCUGGCAAUUAUUGCUCUGAUCACACACACCUGAAGUAGUCUCAGGUAGUCGUGGGACUUUGCAGGAGUCAUCUUGCCCUUCCUGUCCUGAACAGCAGAGGGGCCAAACCUGCAGUACCAGCAGACAUGGACUGUUUUCUUCUGUUUUUUUGUGGUGCACAUCACUAGUGAGGUGAAUCUCAUGAAAACAUGUUUGGAUCACAUUUUUCCAUAACAUUAAAGAAAUAAAAAAUUAUAUUUUGCAUAAAGACAGAAGCAUUUUAGGACCUUGUUUUUGCAUUUU